AUGGAAGCAAGUGAGAUUGAACGGCCAAGAUUUGAUCAUGAGGCACCGGCGAUCGCCGAUUGCCUCGACCUUAGGAUGUUCGUGGGGACAUGGAAUGUAGGAGGAAAGUCGCCACACAAGGGAUUGAAUUUAAGAGACUGGCUAAGGAAACCUGCCCCAGCUGACAUUUAUGUUAUUGGGUUUCAGGAGAUCGUACCUCUGAAUGCAGGCAACGUGCUAGGCGCAGAGGACAACGGCCCAGCUGCCAAGUGGAUUAAUCUCAUUCGACAAGCUUUGAACACCAACGAAAAUGGCCCAAAAUUUUCUCAAAAUUACAACAACGCCACUAAAGCUGAGCUGAAACGGUCACCACCACCACCAAUUCUAAAGCCUAGACUCAGCUUUUCCGAUUUGCUCACAUUAGAAGAUGAACUUAACCAAGAAGCUUUCGAAACGUUUUUAAGUUUGAAUUCAAAUUCGAGCUCGAGUGCAGAAGGUUCACCUAGUCCACCAUGCAUGUCAAUGAGGCACCAUAGUCCAAAGCAGCAUCAAUAUUGCUUAGCUGCAAGUAAGCAAAUGGUGGGCAUCUUUCUAUCCAUAUGGGUUCGGGCCGAUCUUUAUCGCCAUAUCAGCAAUCUCAAGGUCUCAUGUGUCGGACGAGGAAUAAUGGGAUACCUUGGGAAUAAGGUGUAA